GCCACGUAACAUUUCGGUUGUAACAUCCAGUGAAAGUUUCUCGAUUUAGCAGUUAGUUUUACCCCUUGAUAUUAGUUUGUCCGACCAUAGCCAUGUCGGAGUUUCCGAUCUGCGUGUCCCCGUCGGCCUGCGAGUUGGCGCGUCUCACGGAGGAGGAGCGCCUGACGGCCCAGCUGCAGGUGAAGGAGCGCAAGAAGGCGGCCAAGGUCAAGCCGAAGAAGGUCAUAGGCGGUCCCAUGAUGGUGAACCACAUGAAGAUGUGGCGCCAGCACCGGGAGCGGGUCAAGGAGGCGAUCACCAAGGUGGACGCGGAGGCGCCCAACUUCCAGGCGGCCCGCGUCACCGGGGUGAACAACCUGCGCGACGAGGCGCAGGUGUUCAUGAGGCGGACCAAGGCCAACAUCCAGCUGCUGGUGGAGAUCUCGCGCACGAUGCGCACCCACGGGGCCAUCAAUCCCUUCCGCUACGAGGUUGUGCACGCGGUCUCCACCAUUCCCAAUGCCCUGCUCAACCUGGAGCGGCUGGAGCGGGAUAAUCGGGAUUUCGGGCGGCGCAUUAUGGAGGUGAAAAGCGAGGUGGACUCGGGUCUGUUGGACAAGCGGAUGCCGGUGGGCAGGAGCUCGGCCCCCGCGGCUCCGCUGGAACUGCCGUCCCAGGCGAUGGCCAAGUACGAGGCCUUCAGCAUCCCGCUCCCCGAGUCGGAUGCCGAGUUGCGGCGUCUCUUCCGUCCGCGCAUUUUCUUUGAGAUAUAUCUGAAGGAUGCCCGUCCGCUGGGGCGGAUUGUGGUGCAGCUGUACACGGAGGCAGCCCCGCUGGUGGUGCUGCAACUGAUCAAGUCCUGCAUGUGCAACCAGCACUCCAAGUUCCUGGUCAAACGGCUGUUCCCAAAUCUCUGGCUGGAAACGGAUUUGCUGCUGUCGCCGGAGUCGCUGCUGCACCAGCCGCUGGAAUACGACGCCAAGGUGAUUGACCACGGGGCCUCCAGCUACGUAUUAUCCUUCAGCAAGGCUUAUGUCAAAGGCUUCAGCGACCACCUGUCAUUCGCCAUCUCGUUCAAGCCGCUUACCGUGGUCAAUGGAUCCCGGGUGGGAUUCGGGCGCAUUGUGAAGGGCAGCAAGAUUUGCGAGUGCAUCCAGAGCUACGGCACCAAGAACGGAAAGCUCAGCCGGGGUCUGCAGUUCACCAGCUGCGGAUUACUUUAGUUCGGAGUUGGUCCCUGUAAAUUGUUAAUGUGUGUGAGAAAUCCUUUUUGAGUGACCAAAUCAAAGUUAAGAAAAAUAUAUAUCUUAUUAAGGUUAUCUAAAAGGGUUCGGAUCGAGAUAUUAUUUUUUGUUUCAAUUACCCAAUUAAAAUUUAAUUUAUAUGUAUACUA